AUGGUCGAAUCACAGGGCCUGCACCACCCCAACAAUGCAACAGAGCUCACGUCCACCGCAUCAGGACCCCAGAGGCGGAGCCAGAUCUCGGACAAGGUGCUCGGCACGAUACCGCCACCGCAGGACGCUCUGCCUCGACGACAACGACAUAACAUCUCGGGCGAGGCGGGCCUAUGCUCCCGCCUUGUCGCCAACUACGAUGCUCGCGCCUGCCCGAACGCUGACGCCGUCACUACGGUUGAGCCGCCAGGUUCUGAGGCCGCUUGGCGAACGCCAGACUUCAACUCUGGCUUCACUGGCAGCUAUGACCCUACGCUGGAGACAGGUCGCGGUCCCAUGUUCAACAAGACCAACUUCGGCGUUCCGCAAUUCUAUCCCCGAGACCUCAAGAAACGGGUCGAUGAAUACGUGGUCGGACAGGACCGGGCGAAGAAGACGAUAUGCGCGACACUGUUCAACCACUAUCAGAACCUGCGCCGAAGACACCAGCACGAACACGAAGACAGGAACGUCCAGGAGAAGCUCAUGCGUCAACGAUUCGCACGUGACAGAGAGCUGCACCAGAGACGACGCGACACGCACCCUGUCGAAGAUGAGUUCCCGGGCCAUCACGAAUCCGUCAGACCGCUGUACGAUGUCAACCCGGCGUUCGAAGAUGACCCGCUCGACCACCUGUAUACCCCGGAGGACACGUCUAAACCCGAACACGUCAAAAUUGACAAGAGCAAUCUCUUGCUGAUUGGGCCGACGGGAGUUGGCAAGACGUAUAUCCUGGAGACGUUGAGCAAACAAAUUCACGUCCCCUUUACAAUCUGCGACUGCAACUCGCUCACUCAAGCAGGCUACAUCGGACAGGAUGUGGAGACGUGUAUUGAGCGUCUUCUCAUCGAGGCCAACUACGAUGUCAAGGCGGCGGAAUACGGCAUCGUCGUGUUGGACGAAUUCGACAAGCUGGCACGACGGGAAUCUCCCACCGGCCGAGAUGUUGGCGGCGAGGGCGUGCAGCAAGCGCUCUUGAAGCUUGUAGAGGGAACCAAGGUCACCAUCAAUGUCAAGGACAACCGAUCGUCACGGUCCACCCCUCCGAUUACGACCAACUACAGCUCAUCAGGAUCGUCAUCAUCCUCACCGCAGCCUCUGCCUCCCGGGGGCAAGGUCGACCAAUACACUAUUGACACUACCAACAUCCUCUUCAUCUUUUGCGGCGCUUUUGUUGGGCUCGACAAGACGGUUGUACAGCGGGUUGCAAAGCCUUCCAUGGGGUUUGGAGGACAGGUCAAGGGCCGCUCGACCAUGUCAGGCAGUAAGCAUGUGCUGCCGCCAGAAACCUUUACGCAUCUCGCGCACCACAACUCGACAUCAGCGCCGUCUUUCACUCCCAUGGAUCUUGCAACACCCGCGGACCUCCAAAGCUUCGGAUUUAUCCCUGAACUAAUCGGGCGCUUACACAACAUAUGUGCCCUCAGCCCGCUCUCUCGAGACGACCUUUACCGGAUCUUGACCGAACCCCGCAACAGCCUCGUCGCACAAUACUCUGCGCUGUUUGAGACGUAUCCGUCUCGAUUGUAUUUCACAGACAAGGCGCUCUACGCAAUCGCAGAGCGAGCCGCAGCUGCCGAGACGGGGGCGAGAGGUCUCAAGAUGGAGAUGGAGCGGAUAUUGGCGGAGCCAAUGUUUGACGCGCCGACGCCCUAUGUUCUGAUCACCGAGGGCUGUGUCAAGGGGACGGAGAAGGCCUCGUAUUGGGGCAAGGAUGGCCGGUUCGAGCUGGACAGACGCAUGGAGGAGGAGGAAGUGCAUCCGGCCAGCUCCACGCCACAGGUGACGUUUGAGCGGCUGAGGGAAGCCGGGCAGAGCGGAGGGUGA